AGAGGACACGUGUUGUAAUUGUGUCGCUCCCAUGACAAAAAAAACCGGUGAAGAGUCUUUUGUUUCUCUAUCUCUCCCUCUCUGUGUUGCUCCCGAUGAAGAAAAUAGCUUGCAGCCAACUGGAAUUGAAAUGUGAAGAGAGAGUUAAGAGGCAUCAAGGAACGGAGAAAGAUGAUGAGAAGAGAAGCAGGAGAAGUGAGAAGAAGAAGGAAAAGAAAUCUCACAAGCACCACCGAUCAAGUACAUCGAAGAAGUCGAAGGAUGAUAAGCACAAAAAGAAAGACGCAGAAGGUGACCACAUAUAUGGUGGCUCUUUGAUGGAACAGAGAACUUUAAGAAUCACAUUUGUCUUGGCAGGUGUUGAGAUUGUAAUUGCUACACCUGGUCGUUUGAUUGAUAUGUUGGAGUGCCAACACACUAACUUGAAGAGGGUGACUUACCUUGUGUUGGAUGAGGCUGACAGAAUGUUAGACAUGGGAUUUGAACCACAAAUCAGAAAGAUUGUAUCUCAGGUUUGCUUUUACUUCGUCCAAAGCUAUCACAUAUAGCUUUUAUAUCUGAGCAUUUGUAUUCUGCUACUAAAAACCUUAUGAUCUCAAUAGACAUUGUCAUUUAUAAUUUUUUUUUAAAAACCCUUAAUCGAGUUCUUA